GCUCCUCCGCGGCGCCGGCGCGACGCGUCCCUGGGGCAGAUCCCGCUGAGCUCGGGCGAGAUCGAGCUGUACUCGCGGCAGGACGAGGCGGCGCGUCGACGGCGGCGGCUGCUGGCCGUGCGCGACCAGGAGCGGCGUCUGGCGCAGCAGGUGACGCAGCGCUACCGCCAGAACCUGCAGCGGCUGCAGCGCGGCAAGAGCGACCGGACCCAAAAGCAGCUGAGCGCGCAGCAGCACAAGAUGCUGACGGAGCUGCACGCGCGCUACCAGAGCUCGCUGCAGAGCAUGGGCGCGGCGCAGCGCAACGCGCGGCUGAAGCUGCUGGAGCUCAUGGAGACGGCGCACGACGAGCGCCACAAGUGGGCGUUCAACGCGCAAGUUACAGGCAAACAGCGCCUACAGGAGGCGCGGGAGGUGAGAGAGGAAGAGGAGAAGAAGAGGACGGAGAGACGGCGCCAGGUGGAGCAGAACGUGGAGAGACUGAGGGUGCUGACAGGCCAGCAGAGACGGCAGGCCAGCGCCCGCGCGCGCCACGAGCAGCAGCUGGUGGAGCAGCGAGCUAAGGACAGGGAGGAGAUUGAGAGGUUGAGAAGGGAGCAUAGCCCCGAAGAGGUGUUUGUGACGCCCAGGCCCAAGGCGAAGGACGUGCAGGCCUACAGGUUCACGAGGACACACUGCGUGGUGCCGUCGGUGGAGAUGGAGAAGGAGCGGCCGGCGGUGACGGUCAUUCGACAUAAUAGACGACACCCGACGGCGCUGCAUGGAGGGCAGGAAGCUGACAAGUACAGGGAGGAAGAGGACAGGAGAAGAGAGAGGGACAGGCUGGUAGUGGAGCAGCAGGAGGAGACGGCUGCGGACAGAGGGAAGGCAGCUCUAGGAAAUGUGACGUCGAGGCAGCAAGGACAACAGGCGCUGGAGUGGCUUGCUCUGGUGGAUAAAAUGGAGAGACGUGCGCGCGGGAUGGAGUUUGGAGGAGAAGAGGAUGUCGCGUUAGAUACUGGAGAUGGGGGUGGAAUGGGGGAUGAUCCUGACAGAAUGGCGGAGAAGACAUUUGCACGGAUGCUUGGACUAGAUGAAGACUCGGUUGAGCUGUCGGCAUUUUCAAUUGAGACGGAUGAUGAU